AAGAGUGAAGGGAGACCGAGCUGCGCGCACGUGAGGACAAAAGUAGCAGUCUGGGGUGCCUGGAGACUUGGGACCGGCUGAGGAAAGGAGGGCCAGAACAAGAACCGGUUAAGAACCUAGCCGGAGUGAGUCCUCGGGUCCCCAGCCUUCCCGCCCCAUCUUGGGGCGCCCGGCCGCCGCUGCAGCCCCGUGCCUCAGGCCAGGAGUUAGGGGGACGCAGGGGAGACGCCGUCCCGCAGCCUGCCGCUAGAGGGCGUACCCAGACUCGGCCAAGAGGAGGCGGCGAGCGGGCGGAGACGGCUCAGCAGCAGCAGCGGCGGCGGCGGCGGCGGCAGUAGCAAUAGCAGCAGCCGCUGCCACGACCACGGCCACUGCCACUGCCACGGCCACCGCCGCGCAGCUAGGGCUCCAGUCCCAAGUGCCCCUGCUUGCAGACUCCGGCUCCGCGGGCUGGCGGAGAGCGCAGCUCCAGGCGCGGGGAUGCGGCCGCUCGCUGGCCGCCCGCUCGGUGUCCCGGCUGUGCUUGCGCUUCUUACCUGCUCCCUGGCUUCUGCUGUGACUGCCGAAGAUGUAAAGAAAAAUGCCAAGAAUUUACAGAAUUUGGGAAAAAGUAGAACAUCAAGUAAAAAUGACUUAGACUUAAAAGAAGUUGUAUUUGUCAUCCAGAGUCAAAGUAAUUCUUUUCAUGCAGAGAGAGCAAAGCAAUUAGAGCAAAACAUCUUAAAACAGGCUGCCGAUCUUACCCAGGAGCUCCCCAGAGUUCUUCUUGUUCAUCUGCUGGAUAAGCAUGAAGGUGCAUGGACCAUACUUCCAUUAUUACCUCAUUUUUCCACAUCAUUUAGCAGAAACUCAUCAUGGAUUUUCUUCUGUGAAGAAGAAACAAGGAUACACAUUCCAAAGCUCUUAGAAACUCUCAGAAGAUAUGACCCAUCUAAGGAGUGGUUUUUAGGGAAAGCGUUAUAUGAUGAACAAUCAACAAUCAUCCACCAUUAUGCCUUUGCUGAAGAUCCUACGGUUUUCAAAUUCCCUGACUUUGCUGCUGGCUGGGCCCUUAGUUUUCCACUCAUAAACAAGCUUACUAAGAGAUUGAAAAGUGAGUCCUUGAAAUCUGACUUUACAAUUGAUUUAAAACAUGAGAUUGCUCUCUACAUUUGGGACAAAGGCAAUGGACCACAUCUUACCCCGGUGCCUGAGUUUUGCACAGAUGAUGUGAGCUCUCCUAAGGCUUCAGGUUGUGCCACAAUGUUUCAUACUUUUCUACCACUUUGUGGAAAUCCAGUGAAGGAGAUGGCUGUUUUUGUUGCUGUAAAAACAUGCAAGAAGUUUCAUGAUGACAGAAUACCUAUUGUAAAGCAAACUUGGAGUCAGGCAAGUCUCAUUGAAUACUACAGUGAUUAUGCAGAGAAUUCCAUUCCAAAUAUUGAUCUGGGAGUGCCUAAUACAGAAAGAGGAGAGCACUGAUUUUAUUAGUGUCAUUGUGGAAAGACCUUUGCUAUUUUGGAAAGAUUUUUUAAUCAUAGCAGUGAUACAGCAUCUUGGUUAGUCAUUGUGGAUGAUGAUACAUUAAUAAGGCUCCGGAACCUGCUCAGCUGUUAUGACUCAAAUGAACCAGUGUUUCUAGGAGAGCGUUAUGGCUAUGCGGGGACUGGAGGAUACAGAUACAUCACUGGAGGAGGAGGUAUGGUCUUCAGCAGAGAAGCAGUGCAGAGACUUUUGGCCAGUAAGUGCCGAUGCUAUAGCAAUGAUGCCCCUGAUGACAUGGUGCUUGGCAUGUGUUUCAGUGGUCUGGGAAUCCCAGUGACACACAGCCCUCUCUUUCAUCAGGCUCGACCAGUGGAUUACCCAAAGGACUACCUUUCUCACCAAGUUCCCAUAUCAUUUCACAAACACUGGAACAUUGAUCCCAUAAAGGUGUAUUUCACCUGGUUGGCACCCAAUGGGAAAGAUGCCACCAAUGGCAGGAAGCAAGCACCUUUUAAAGAAGAAUUAUAAGCAUCUCGUGUUGUUAAGGAAGAUGCUUAUGGUGGUGAAGGUGGAGGCUCUGGGCAUUCUUGUGCUGUGUUGUGCUUAUACUGCUUCACUGUGCCAUGUUGCAUAGGAGACUUCUAGUCUUAGGAGUGAAACUGUAUAUUGUUCUGUUUCUUCAGUGGGGGACUGGGGUGGGGGAAAAGGGAGGGAUCAGAGGAAGGGGAAGAGUCCAACUGAUUUACUUUGCUUUUUUCCUUUGUGAAGAUGUGAGUGGGUCUUAGAAUAACACUCCCUUGGUUUUGAAUCAUGGGAUUAUUAUAUCAUAUUUAGCUGGUAUUUUUAAAGCCUUGAUGAGCUAUCUUCAACAAUUCAUCCUAGGGAAAAUAAAGCAUCACCCUCGGACCCCCUGCUGUUCCCUUACACUGCAACCCAUCUUUCAACAAGGGGUGACAACUUGCUUAAAAUAAGUGUGCAAAGAAGAAUGUAGUGUUUUGGUGCAAAUAUUGGUGGGAACCUAUUCCAAUUUUACUUUCUGGUUUUUAAAUCUACUAAUGAUGAGAAGCACUCCCUGGGAAAGGAGUAGGAAUGGCAUUGUAGAUAGAGUAUGGAAGCUCUUACUGGCUUAUGGGAAAUCACUAUGGAUUGUGAAGAUUCAAGUGGAUCUGUGACCUCACUGACUGGGGAACUCCCUCCCCUGGUGCAGAUUGUUGCUGCCCAUCCCAUGGGGUGCUUGCCUAUGUCCUCCCAAAAGCUUGCCACAGUGGCUCCUCUGUUCACUGUCCUGGAGGACUUCCUUGCGCUUUCUCCAGACGUCAUGAGAAGACCUGUGGAGAAUCUGGCUGUCUGUCCAUCCUUUGCUUUGGCUAGACAUUCUUUCUUUUUGACUUUUUACUUGUAAAGUUUUCAUUCUGUACCCAGGUGCAGAAGGGUUUUCUAAUAACCUGUUUAGACUCUAGGAAUUCGUCUCCAGCCCUGUCUACUGCUCUCUGAAGCCCUGUCUUUAUAGUCCACAUGUAAUCUCACACUGGGCUCAUUGCUACCAAAUAACAGUGCCCCUCUCUACCUGAAAAUAAGAAUGGAGUAUUUUACUGGACUUAAUGAGCUGUAAUAUAGAUCCCAGGAAGUGAGCUAAAUUUGACUGUUCUGAACUGACUAUUUCACAGUAAUUUGGGGGUUUCACUAAAUGUUACUUCACAGCUCUGUCUUGACUCAUUGUAGAACACCAUACCAUAACACAAGUGGACAGUGGGAGCAUUGAGUAGUUUUCUUGGACUCUUAAGGGAUGUAUUUUGAACAUGAUGUUUUCGAGCUACUUUCAUUUUUAAACCUUAUCCAAAUGAUACCUUAGUAAUGUAACACAUCCAUGUAAAGAGUAUUAUAUAUUUUAAAUCAUUUUGGGUUUUUUUUCUAUGUAUAAUUCAGUUUUGUAAAGAUGUUUGUAUAAAAUCUGACUUUAAUAUUCUAAACUAAUUUUUGUAAAGUAAAAUAUUUUUCUUUUCUUUUUGUAAAAAAAAAAUAAAAAGACACAUGGACAUGCUGUUCUCUAACUUUACUGGCCAUACUUUUGUGACUGAAUGUAAGGUUUUAAAGCCAUAUUGUUGAAAUAAUUUCCAUAUUUUUCCUGUAGUUCAACAUUUUACUUAUUUCCAAAUCAAUCCAAAUUCCAAAUGGGGGAACACUAAAGUUGAUUAAUGACUGAGAGCUUUAUGCCCAUUUUUUGUAACUAGCUCUGAAGCAAGGUUUCUUCAUCUUUGUGUGUGCUGAGGAGCCCUCUGGCAGUCUGGGAAAACCUAGGAAGCCCUUCUCAGAAUCAUGUUUUUAAAUGCAUAAAAUAAAAUCUCUACGAUCACAAAGGCAACCAGUUGUAUUGAAAUGAAAUUACCAAAAUAUUUUUAAAAACCAGUUUAUGGGCUCCAAGCGAAGAACUACUGCUUUAGAAUAUUGAACUAUGAACACUCAUUUGUGACCAGUCAGAAUAAUGUGUGAGGAGAUGACAAAAGAGCAUGACUAUUGAGGUAAACAUGCCAGGCUGCUAUUAUCUCAAUAGUCACUAAUAUUAACAAUAGUUUUUCUUGAGCCCAUUUAUCAUUGGCUAGGUGAUCCCCUAGGGCCCUGUGAGUGAGAGCUAAGUAAUUUCCAACAAUGGUAAGAAUUGUAGCUCAAAUUUACAUAGCAGUUUAGGGUUUACAAAAGCACUUUCCUUAAAUAUCCCUAAGGAGGUAGGUAAUGAAAUAUUAUUCCCAUUUUACAGAUGGAGAAGUUAAGAGCGAGGAAGGUAAAGUGAUUUAGGCUUAUUGGAUCAUGGAUCUAGAGUUGGAAGAAACUUUACAGGUCAUGUAAUCUAACCCCCUCAUUUUACAGAGGAGGAAGCAGACCCAGAGACAAACAACUUGUUCAAGGUCACACAGGAAGUAAGUGAUAGAAUGGGAUUCGAACUCAAGUCCUGUGACUCUAAAUUCAGCGGUUUCAUUACAUCACGUGGUCUCUGAUAACCUGGAUCGUUGCCCCAGGUUCUCCUCCAAUUCAGCACUCUGACUAUAUCACACUUGCCCCUGUAAAGGUCAAUGACACCUGCUUACUUGUCAACAGCUUACUUUAUAGGAUCUGGAUUGAUCUGUGUGUUUAGACACACACACACAGACACACCUGUGUAUGUAUAUGUACAUCUAUCCAUACAUAGAUAGAUAUACAUAGAUCCUACAUUGAUUCUUUCUUCCCUCUGUGUUCCUAUUAGUGCCUUCCUACUUACAUGAGAGCACCUUCUUUGGAACCAUGGGAGUUGAAGUAAUUUUGUU